AUGAAAACCCUCCUUGUUCUUUUUACUGCCGUCUGUCUGUUCGCCGGUGUCUGUUGGUCGGAGGAGGCAGUUAAAACCAGCCCUGGUCCUUCCCCGCUGACGGUAAUCCCCGAAGAGAAGGCCAGUUCUGACACCACCGCUACUACUCUUGUUGCUGAUACUACUGAUGCUGCUAGUACUGCCGAUGCUGCCCUUGCCACUUCGUCAGUUAACGCCGUCACCGAGAGCUCUGCCACCACCCUCACUACGAGUUCCACGGUGGCCAGCGAGGCAGGUUUUGGCUUUGAUGAUGAUGACGAUGAUGCCGAAGGAUGGGUUGUUGUUAGCGCAGAAGAGCUGAACAGACUCAUGGACGAGAUCGAGGCUGAAGGCAGACAGAAGAGCGCUCGGAGGAACAACGUCCAAGAGCAAGUUGCAACACCAAGUCAAUAA